AUGUCCUACAACAACCCAACCCAGAUCUUCGCCGACGACGUGACGGAGGAGAAGGGUGAGAAUGCGCGUCUAUCAGCUUUCGUAGGCGCUAUAGCUGUGGGAGACUUGGUGAAGAGCACGCUGGGACCGAAGGGCAUGGACAAGAUAUUACAAUCUGCGUCAACCGGCGAGAUCAUGGUCACAAACGACGGUGCAACUAUCCUAAAAUCUAUCGCUCUCGACAACGCUGCCGCAAAAGUCCUGGUCAACAUCUCGAAAGUGCAGGACGACGAGGUUGGAGACGGAACUACAUCAGUCGCAGUCCUGGCAGCAGAGUUACUGCGGGAAGCCGAAAAGCUGGUAGACCAGAAGAUACACCCUCAGACGAUCAUCGAGGGCUACCGAAUAGCAAGCCGGGCGGCACUACAAACUCUAGAAAAGUCGGCCGUGGACCACAGCAGCGAUAAGAAGGCGUUCCGGGAAGAUCUCACAGCGAUUGCGCGGACGACACUGAGCUCGAAGGUGCUGAGUCAAGAUCGCGACUACUUUGCGAAUCUGGCAGUUGAUGCUGUGCUAAGGAUGCAGGGCUCGACAGACUUGACGCACAUCCAGAUCAUCAAGAAAGCAGGCGGAAAGCUGAGGGACUCGUAUCUAGACGAGGGCUUUAUCCUCGACAAGAAGUUCGGCGUCAACCAGCCGAAGCGGAUAGAGAACGCGAAGAUUCUUAUUGCUAACACGGCGAUGGACACAGACAAGAUCAAGAUCUUUGGUGCGCGGGUUAAGGUCGAUUCGACGGGCAAGCUAGCAGAGCUGGAAAAGGCAGAGCGGGAGAAGAUGAAGGCCAAGGUGGAGCGAAUCAAGGCGCACGGCAUCAAUUGCUUCGUCAACCGACAGCUCAUCUACAACUGGCCCGAGCAGCUGUUCGCCGACGCGGGAAUCUGCUCCAUCGAGCACGCGGAUUUCGACGGCGUUGAGCGAUUAGCGCUCGUUACGGGCGGCGAGAUCACAUCAACCUUCGAUCACCCCGAAAGCGUCAAGCUCGGCCACUGCGACCUGAUUGAAGAGGUCAUCAUCGGCGAAGACACGCUCAUCAGAUUCUCCGGCGUUGCAGCUGGCAAGGCGUGUACAGUUGUGUUGCGUGGCGCGACAGAGCAGCUCCUGGACGAGGCGGAGAGGUCUCUGCAUGAUGCCCUCGCCGUGCUUUCCCAGACCGUCAAGGAGCCGAAGACGACGCUCGGUGGCGGCUGCGCAGAGAUGCUGAUGGCCAAGGCUGUCGACCAGGCAUCACAGAACGUAGCAGGCAAGAAAGCGCUGGCGGUUGACGCUUUCGCGAAAGCACUGCGGCAAUUACCUACCAUUCUAGCAGAUAACGCUGGGUUUGAUUCAAGUGAUCUGGUGGCGAGGUUGCGAAAGGCAGUCUAUUCUGGCAUGACGAGCUCUGGGUUGGAUCUGAUGACGCCAGGCGGUGGUAUCGCCGACAUGAGGGAACUCGGUGUAAUAGAGAGCUACAAGCUGAAGCGCGCCGUGGUGUCUUCGGCUUCGGAAGCGGCAGAACUGCUCUUACGGGUCGACAACAUCAUCCGUAGCGCGCCUCGGAGACGCGAACGAAUGUGA